ACCCAACACCCGCCAACUUUAUGCAGCACUGCACAGCAGCGCACACAACAACGGCUAGAUUGCCAGGGAGCCAUCUCAAGCUUUUCUGUAUCAUGGUUAGUACAAGGAGCGGGCGGCACACGAAUGUCGAAACUGGUCCCAGCCGGUGCCUAGACGCGCUCAUCAUCGCCCUGAACCAGGCAAGCGGCGGGGAGUGGUACACGUCGACGAUGCAACUCCAGCUCACGUCGUUGGAGCUCUGCGCGGCUUGCCGCAGCAUGCACCUGCUGAAGCUGAACGUGCAGCACGGGACGCCGCCCCGCUUGUGGCGCGGCACCGCCACCACCCGCGAGACGCGAAGCGUGAAGAGGCGCAACGUUACGCGCGUACCGGUGGUCCGAGCGCGCACGGUGACCUGGAAGCUGCCGGGCGUGGCUCUGCGGAACAUGACGGGUGACGCAUGGUCGGAAGUAACGACCUUUUCUCUGGGUCCCGGCUUCGACGACGACCUGCCCCGAGGUAUUCAAUGGCCCGAGAAGUUGACCCUGUUCGGCGUAGGCCCGGGCUUCAACCGUUCCGUGGAGCAUCUGUCGCUGCCGGCGUCCGUGCGGUUUCUGGUCUUCGGAGCGAGCUUCAACAUGCCGAUGGACAAUUUCGCUUGGCCGCCUCUUCUCCGCGUCCUUGUUCUGGGUCCGUCCUUUAGCCAGCCCAUACACCCGGGAGCGUUCCCGGAGUCGCUCCAAGUUUUGCUGUUCCAGGGGGACUUCACGCAUCCGGUGGAGGGCUUGGUGUGGCCGAGGUCGCUGCUGCAGCUGUACGUUUGGGGAGUACUCGCCCAGCCCCUGGGCAGGAUUUCCUGGCCGGCAUCGCUACAGGUUUUGCUGUUCGGCCACCUUCGGAACGAGUCGUUGGACGAGGUCACGUGGCCGGAGUCGCUGAGGCUGCUUACAAUCGGGUCCGGCUUCAAUCGACCGAUACACCGGAUCCGCUGGCCUGCUUCGGUGCGGGAGUUGUGUGUUGGGCGGGACUUCGAUCAGCCCAUCGACAAGGUGACGUGGCCUGCAUCGCUGUCCGAGCUGAAUCUCGGCGACAAGUUCAACCAUCCAAUCGACAAGGUGACGUGGCCUCCCUCGCUCAUGAAAAUUGUCUUCGGGCAGUGCUUCGACCAAGCGAUUGGCGACGUCUCGUGGCCAGCAUCGCUUCGGCAGCUCACCUUCAGCAGGGACUUUCGCUUGCCGGACGAGAGCUUCGAGUGGCCGGCUUCUCUGGAGCAGCUGACGAUCGCUUGGCCUCCCGGCGAAGACCUGCCGUCUUGGCCUGGCGUGCGAGUCUCGGGGGUUUGGAACCUCUUUUGGUAUGUAUAGGAGCCUUGCCCAUCGCCGACCCGCUUAUUGAUUUUCGUAGCCUGAGGUCGCACGGCGCUCAGGAGAUGGAUGGCCACCGUUGUGAUGGGGGCAUGUGUGCAGGGUACAGUGCUUCGUUUAUCGGCGAAGUUCUCUGGCUGUUUUUUUUUGCUUUUUUCCUCACCUCAAAUCUGCGCUCGCAGCAUUUGCGCAGUUUACUCCAACCCGUGGACACACAAAAAGGGUUGCUCUCGCUGAGCCCUCCUUUUCACCCCUCCUGCAGUGCUUUCCCCUCGAUUCUUAAUGCGAGAAGAGUGCAGGACUCUCUUCCCUAUGUGUACACACGAACUAGCGCUUGCCACCCAGGGCAGGAAUAAAAGCGAGAGAAAAACUCACUUUGCAAGAAAAGCUCGCUUGCGCCGGGAAUCGAACGCCUGACCCUGGCCUCUAGAACGUUUUCGAGGAUGCCAACUGCACUACUACCGGGACCGACCUUUGGGGUGUUGGUGAGAUUUUUUCGAUGCGAUUACAAGCACGGCGAAGAGCGCGGUUCGGGUGUUAAUAUUUUAUGUAUAACAUGGCAUGUAUAUUUUUGUUGGAUGUUGUGCUUUCGUGUGUUGACCCGGUGGCCUCGUUGUUCGCCGCCGAUUUCCUUCUGCAUGUCCAUGUGCGAUAGCUCUGAGCAUUCAUGUCUCUCAGGAACAGCACGUGCUGUGCGGCAUCCAGUGAUGUGGUUUCUACUCCAAACCCGAGCUCGGGGUAACAGGAUUUCGACGUCGCAACUCUCGUGUGCCUCUCCGGCGCUUGCAGUUUGUGUGCCUUUGAUAGUAUGUGGGGAUAAAAGGUAUCAAUGUUAAUCAGGAGGAGGCGCUGUGUGUAUGUCCCUGUGUACAUGUACGCGAGUUCAGCGUCGCCCACUGGCUCUACUCUUUGGCGAACGAUCCCGAAGGUAGCUCUCCGAAUGAGCGUCUUGGCACAUCAACACUUACGGGACGAUCUCGUGGUGAAAAUCACGAAACGUUACAACAAGCAGAGGGCUUGGUGACGGCUAGCCUCUCAGGCUUUUCUGUUCAGAGGGCUACAGUAGCGGUGAGAGAGGGUUGACGUUAUAGGUGUGUUCGUGCGUUCGCUGGGGGGUACGGCGACUUCCAACUAUAAAUUAAAAUCGUUUGCUCAACGAGCAACGAGAUGCGGCAGCACGAACGACUGACCACAUUAACACGAAAAAAAAUACAGCAUCAGAUACUACGAGAUGCUGGAUGGCGUGAGGGCGACCAUCGGCAUACAUGUUGAUCA